AUGAUUACGUCAAUCAAAGCCGGGUCUGGGGAGGAAGAGUCAGAAGUGCGGGCAGGUGAAAGGGCAGCAGGAACCGCAGAGGUGUUGGAAGCAAGUAUUGACGACGAAAUGAGUGCAGCAGCAGCAGCAGCUGCAGCAACGUUGGGAAGCCCUGGUUGCACGAGCAGUGUUGCAGACAAGCAGACAAGCGUUGGGAACGGGGAGAAUGGGGCAGCACCGUUGGGCAGCGCUGGUUGCUUGAUCAGUGCUGCUGUUAAGGAGAAGGAGACAAGUGCUGCAGAGGAGACGAGUGCAGCAGCAGCAGCACUGCCAGAAGUAGCAGCAGCAGCAGCAGCAGCAGCAGCAGCAGCAGCAUUGGGAGGCGCUGGUUGCACGAGCAGUGUUGCAGACAAGCAGCCGACAAGUGCUGUGAUGGGGGCGAGCCUGCUUGUGGGAGGCGUGGAGGCGCUUUUGAAAGGCUCUUCUGACGACAUUGGGUGGCUGAAAAUGGACCCUGCGCUCCCUCCUGUGUCUGACGUGACCGACAACUACGAGGCGAUUCUGGAGUGUGUCAUGAGUGGCGUCCACGCGCUGCCCGACAACCUGGUCUACCUUUUAAUUCCAGGGUUAUUCAGCAAUCUUAGCCCGCUCUACCUGUUUGACACCAAAAAACAUUUUUCCUCCAUCGGCCUCGUCUGUCACAUAGCCAAGAUCCACAGCCAGGCCCCCAUAGAGGCCAACGCCAUAGCCAUCCGUGACUAUAUCGAGGAGCUCUUCUGGGCGACAAAAAAGAAGGUCCUAAUCCUGGGGCACAGCAAGGGCGCCAUGGAUGCAGCAGCAGCGCUCUCCCUCUACCAACCCCUCCUGCUCGACAAAGUCGCCGGUCUCGUUUUCAUCCAGAGCCCCUACGGGGGAAGCCCUGUGGCUUCUGAUUUGCUACGGGAAGGCCAGUGGGGUGACGUGGCAUCUCGCACGAUCCUCGGGAUUCUUAUGGAUAAGAUCUUCGGGGGGGAUAUCGGGUGUUUGGACGAUUUAACCCACGCGAAGAGACGGGCGUUUCUCGCGAAGCACCCGUUUCCUGUGGGGGAAAUUCCGAUACUGUCCUUCCAUACGGAGGCGAGUAAGGCGGCAGCGGUGGUGGCGUCUCUGUCGACUGUGGCGCAUACAGAAGUGCCGUGGCUGGCGCAGCAGAAUGCAAAGCUGGCCGUUGGAUUCCCACUGUCGGCCGGGCUCGCGAUCAUGGCCGUCCAUCUGGAAUACAGGUACGGAGCUGCAAGCGAUGGCCUGGUGACUCGUGCAGAUGCAGAGGUGCCGGGGUCAGUGGUGGUGCGGAGCAGACGGAAAUUGGAUCAUGCCUUUAUGGUGUUCCCCCCCACCAGCGGAGUGGGGGGAGGGGGAGGGGGAGGGGGAGGGGGAGGAGGGAGCGGUGGAGGGGGGAGCGGUGGCAGGGGGAGCGGGGGAGGGGGGAGUGGGGGAGGGGGAAGUGGGGAGGGGGAAGUUGGGCCAGCAUGUGUGCAUGAGGCGAGUGCUGCCGGGAUGUGUGAGGCCCUGGCGACCACACUGCUGGCAACACUGCAGAUGCGGCCAAAAGAGGCCACCCCAUGA